AACGGCCCCCUUGCCCAAGGGCCAACCCAGAUUCCUCCGGGACUGCGGGGGGUCAGCCCUGCCCCUUGGAAACUGUCUUCCUUUCAAGAGGCUGCAGCUGGACAGGAAAACAAACCAGGCAGGCCCAGAUUAAUUCCGGAGCAGCGGCUUGAUGGCAAACAGAGGCCUGGGGAUUACACUAUUAUCUACUGUCACGCAAAGUUCCUGGACUGGAGUCAGGCUGGGGCCUCCCCCAUCCUGGGGUGGAGGCCUGGGGUUUAAAUAGGGCGGGAAUGGGAGCCUGGGUUGCAUUUGAUCACUGGUCAUUGUAGGAGGCAGAACCAGGGAGAAGCUGCGUUGAAGGCACCAUGAGUAAAAUCAGCGAAACCGUGCAGCACGCCCGUGCAGCUUUCAAAUCCGGGAAGAGCCGCCCUCUGAAAUUCAGACUCCAGCAGCUCGAAAACCUGAAGAAAAUGAUCACAGAGAGAGAAAAGGAGAUCGCCGCGGCCCUCAUGGGAGAUCUCAACAAGAGUGAAUGGGACGCGUACUACGGAGAGAUGAUCUACAGCCUGGAGGAGAUUGACAGCAUGAUCCAGAAGCUUCCCGAGUUUAUGGCUGAUGAGCCCGUGGAGAAGACACCCCAGACUGCGAACGAUGAGGCCUACAUCCACUCCGAGCCGCUGGGCGUGGUCUUGAUCAUCGGCUCGUGGAACUACCCCUUUAACCUGACCAUCCAGCCUCUGGUCGGAGCCAUCGCCGCAGGGAAUGCUGUGAUCAUCAAGCCAUCAGAGGUGAGCGAGCACACGGCCACCUUAUUGGUGAAGCUUCUUCCCCAGUACCUGGAUCAGGAUCUGUACCACGUCGUCAGCGGUGGGGUCCCGGAGACCACGGACCUGCUGAAGGAGCGGUUUGACCACAUCUUCUUCACGGGGAGCACCGCAGUUGGGAAGAUUGUCAUGGCGGCCGCAGCCAAGCACCUGACCCCCGUCACCCUGGAGCUCGGGGGGAAGAGCGCUUGCUACGUUGAUAAGGACUGCGACCUGGACAUUGCCUGCAAGCGCAUAACAUGGGGAAGGUUCCUUAACUGCGGACAGGCGUGCGUGUCACCAGACUACAUCCUCUGUGAACGGUCCCUCCAGGACCAAAUAGUGGAGAAGGUCAAAAAAGCCCUCAAGGAAUUCUACGGCGAUGAUGCCAAGAAAUCGCGUGACUAUGGAAGAAUCAUCAACACACGCCACUUCCAGAGGAUCAUGGGGCUGAUCAAGGACCAGAAGAUCGCAUUCGGUGGGACCGGUGACCAGGCAGCUCGCUACAUAGCCCCAACCAUCCUCACGGAUGUCGAUCCCGAGUCCAAGGUAAUGCAGGAAGAGAUCUUCGGUCCUGUCCUUCCCAUUGUCUGUGUGAAAAGUUUGGAAGAGGCGAUUGAGUUUCUCAACCAGCGGGAGAAGCCUCUGGCCCUCUACGCAUUCUCCCGCAAUGAUAAGGUGAUUAAGAAGAUGAUUGCAGAGACCUCCAGUGGGGGAUUCACUGGAAAUGAUGUAAUUGUACACUUCUCGGUCCCCUCUCUGCCCUUUGGUGGUGUUGGGCAGAGCGGCAUGGGCUGCUACCACGGCAAGAAGAGUUUUGAGACCUUUUCUCACCGCCGCUCCUGCCUGAUCAGGGCCCUGAAGAACAGUAGUGAGAUCAAAGUCAGAUACCCGCCGAGCCCCCUCAAGGUGGCUCCCAAAUGAAGACCAGGCCACCCCCACCAUACAUGCCUACUCAGCUGUCUUUGAGAAAAAUUCUUCCUUUUCAUGAAAAUAUGAAACACCACACAUCCAAGUUGACCCCUUUCCACGAGAGCAGAAAUCCUUGUCUCACCAGCAGAAGAACAGGCUUCCCCUCACUCUUCAGGCUUAAUGGCCCGAAGAGUAGCAGAUGCCUCUUUGGGCAUUAAUGGGCAUUCACAGAUUCAUCUCAGGAGAGGCUCCUGCUCAACUGAUCAAGAAAUCCCUUUCAGAACCUCUCCAUAUCCUACCCGUCUCCAUUUUGCUAGCUGCCAAUUUGUUAAGUUUCACUCUUAAGGGCUGUUGGAACUGUCUAGCACCAGCUAGAUUUUUAUUUAAGGAAUGCUGUUGAAGGCAUAGCUACUAGCAGGUCUUCCUGCUGUGGAGCUGUCUCGCUGCAGGUUACCAUAAUCCAAGGAAGCUGAGAGGUUUCCCCCAGGUUUUUGAAGUGUUUGGUGGUCAGAGUUAAGAUUUUUAUUCUCCCCAAGAAGUUCCCCCGGGUUUUUGAAGUGUUUGGGGGUCAGAGUUAAGAUUUUUAUUCUCCCCUUAAUUUCCCAUCUAGGGAGUGAUAUGAAAUGAUUCUCCAUUCUGAGCUGUUUGCAGUGUCUAAGGUGUGAAUUGUCUCCACCUUUCCCCAAUAAAAUAAAUAAUAGGGAAAAAAAGAGAAAUGAAUUGGCUUAAGGGAGAUGUAGCCAAUAGCUUAAUAUUUCUAACUGGCAGCCUGAGGAACAAAACAUGAAGCCUGGUUUUACAGCCAUUAAAAUUGAUACAAGUUUAUGUACGACCAAGCCAUUCCAAUAGGCUGACAUGGAAACAAGAUUAUCAGACUUAAAGUGGAAUAUGCUCUAUGAUCGUAGAGAAUAGUGACGCCUUCAGCAACAUGGUAACUUUCUUUUCUUAGUAACAUUUAUUUUUAAUUUGCUUUCUACCUUAGGGCCUGGUGAAUAACUGCUCUGUUUUGAAAUGUGCUAAGCAAAUGUAUAAAGUUCAUAAUUUAAAAUGGUCA